AUGAAUGCCUGGCUUGCCGACGCCUCGAAUAUUCCUGGCCAGGAUAAUGGCGCCUUUCAUCCAUCUACUAUAGAUCCCUCUACUGCUUUCCUUCAUGGCUCCCCGACCCCCCAGGAUCCAUCUCAAUUCCAGCGCAUGUUCAAUAAUGGCGUGCCGCGGAACGCUUCCCCAGGCUUCCACAAUCCAAACCAAGUGAUUCCGUCCAAGCGAGCGCGACCAGAAGAUGGCAUGCCCAUGUCACCAAGGCCAGCACCGGGCGGCGUGACGGGGUCGCGAUCCCAGACCCCUCACCAACCAUUUCCAGGUUAUCAAGGAUCGGCCAAUGGCAAUCCGCAAUUUCCCCAACACCCAACGCCGUAUCAGCAUCUUCAGCAAGGAGCCUCUCCGAAUGUAACGCAGUCGCCUAUUAUGCAGGAUUUUGAUCAACAAAGCGCUCGUAUGGGAACGGCUUCUCCGAGCCCCUUCUCGCCCGCUGGUCCGCACCCUGGAACCCAAAUGUCUCCGUCGCAGUCAGAUCACGGCAGUCGCGUGAAUACGCCCCAGAAUGCCAACUUUAUGCAGGCACAGCAGUUUGGUGGAAUGACAUCGGGAGCACCCCAACCCUCGAUGCAGGCCCCGCAGUUCAAUGGCAUGCAACAAGUACCCCAGGGCUACCAUCAAGCUUUAGCGAAUCAACAACAGCGGCUGCAUGCUAUGCAACAACAGACACGGAUGAAUUCCAAUCCUGCAAUGGCUGGACGGCAGGCUCAAGGGGGCAUGAACCCGAUGGCCAAUCCUCAGCAGCCUAUGGGAGGAAUGAGACAAAUGCCACCGAACAUGCAGUCGAACAUGCCGAAACCCAGUAAUCCGGAAGGAUUCUUGCGCUCAUUGCAGAAAUUCAUGAUGAGCCAGAAUCUUCCCAUGGACCCAAAUCCCAUUGUCAGUGGUCGUCCGAUCAACCUCGUUCAGCUUUACGCCACCGUGAUGAAGAUGGGAGGAUCAAAAAAGGUCACAGCAACAAAUAUGUGGCCAGCAGUUGCACAUCAGCUGCAAUUCCCCCAGAUGCAAUACCCUAUGGCCGCCCAGGAGAUUCAAGCUCACCACUCAAGGAACUUGGGUCCUUACGAACAAGCUUUCAUUAGCUCUCAACAAAAACAAAUGGCGGACCAGAUGCAGCAGCAGCAGCAACAACAACAUCAAACCCAGCAGCAGCAAGGCGGGAUACCGCGUCAGCCUAGUCAAUUUAACUCUCCUUCGGUGAAACCUAAUCCAGGCUUUGAGCAAGCUCAAGCAAUGGCACAGUCCCCCCAGAAUAACACACCACUUCAUAAUAAUGCCCCAGGGAAUCCAGUGAAUGGAUUUGCUACGCCGACACACGCGCGAAGCCAAAGCAGACCAGCUCAGGCCGGACAUCGGCCAAGCAUCUCGAGGGUAUCGCAACCACCGGUCCCGCCCACUGACGCCGCUGCCGCACAAUUCGCAGCUCCUUCCCCGCAAUCUGCAAAGGGUGCUACGCCUAUUCCGGGACAACAGCAGCCAGGACAACCAGAACAAAAGCCAGAGCAGCUAGUAAAACGACCUAUUGAAGAAACCUUCAAACCGAUGGUUCUGACAGGAAGUCGUUUCCACGGGCCCAUUAUUGUUGAUGAGAUGUACCAGAUUGGCGAGGAUAUCUCAAGGCUCAAGCCAGACGUUCCAGGCUUUGCAGAACUAGGAGUUGUUGAUAUCCACGCGCUAACAAUGGCGCUCAAGUCCGGGAUCUAUGCCGAGAUCCGGGUUGCCUUGGAUACCCUCACCACACUCUCUGGUGAACCAUCUGUUCAGAUAUCAUUGGAGAAUUGCGAUGACUUGGUAGAGAGCCUGGUCGACUGUGCUGAAGACCAGGUCGACCUUCUAGCACAGCACACCUUGGAAGAGUCAGAUACUAUGCUUCUCCGUUCUUAUGAUGAAGUCACACGAGACUGCCAGACUGAAAACACAUCGCUUGCAGAGGUUUCCGAAUUUGGAAGUAUUGAGUACGAACUAGACCGGGCCGUCGAUCGACUCAUCUGUAUCACCACUAUCCUGCGCAAUUUCUCGUUCAGCGAGACGAACUUCUUACCUCUUGGUGUUCCUCCUGUCGCUCAGCUGUUUUCCGCCGUCUUCCGUUACAUGGGAACUCGCAAGAUGUUCCUGCGGACAAGCCACAACACGUUAGACUUUAUGAAGGAUGCAGUGAUCUUGCUGAGUAACUUGGCGCAUGUUGUUCAAAUUCCCGGCAAGGAUGAGGCACUAAAUCUGUUGAUUUUCCUGUUGGCGUUCUCGCCCGAACCCGAACCCACAUCACCCUCCGGAAAAGUGAUGUUCACUACAUUCAACUCUUCGGUUGAUCGAUACACCCCAGCUGCUGUUGACGGGCUUGCCAAAAUGUUGGCUAGAGAUGACCCGAACCGAACUUACUUCAAAGCCAUCUUCUCUGGCGAUGGGUCUACACUUCCCCAGCCGGAGUUGUUAACUCGCGCGUUUGGGCUUGCCAUCUCCUGUGUCCCCGAUAAAAAGCCCAUGGCUGUCGUGGAUGCACGGAAAGUGUUCUUGAUGCAAGGUCUUUUGUCGGCCGAUGUCCUCACUACAUUCGCCGAUGGCUCUCUUGCCAAAGCAUGGCUUGAGUCAGCCGACGGAUUCGCUGUCCAUCUCCUGCGACUUUCUUGCGCACUGUGUACAGAACGUAUCCCACAAAUCAACAUGCGGCAAAGAAGUCAGGCCGAAGCCGAUGCGUAUGCCUUCAGCUCGAUUGUCAACAGAGGACUGGGUAUUCUACGCCGACUCGCCGAAAAGUCAAAGCAAGUCGACAACACACCUCUUAACAUCCCAUCCGGAAUCCUUCCUAGAAAAGAAAGCCUGCUAGGUGCACUGCUCCUACCCAACAUUGACGGUGGUGUUGUUCGCCAGCUCCUCACAUAUGCUCGGUUGGCGGAGUAA